AUGCUGUCUCAAUCUUUUCUUUUGUCAUUUUUGCUUUGCCCAUUGGUCCUUGCGGUGAAUCCUCUAUUGUCAGAGAAAGCUGGCACACCACCCAUUAACCGGAACUCCACGCAAGGUGAUUCGAGCUAUAGAGCGCCUUACUUUCCCAUCCUAAACUGGACCCAAUAUGAAAACAACCCCAUCUUAGGAGCCAAUCAGGCACGAGGAUGGGAAUCAUCCUAUGUUUAUAACCCGACAGCAAUGGUUAUUGAUGAUAUGGUGGUCCUCAUUUACCGUGCGCAAAACUCGAGCCUCAUCUCGACUUUGGGUCUUGCCUGGUCAACGGACGGAUACAACUUCACUCGUUACACUGAUCCUAUAUUUUAUCCGACAGAGUCCUAUGAAAAUCGCGGAACUGAAGAUCCUCGAUUGAUCCGAGUCAACGGGACUUUCUAUAUGACCUACACAGGCUACAGCGAUUCCGAUGGUGUCAAGCUUUGCAUGGCCACAUCUGUUGACCUAUUAAACUGGAAUAAGACCGGACCUGUUUUACCUGAUAUCGAACACAGCAAGUCAGGUGCCAUUCUAGACGAAAUUCAACCUGACGGCACAUACCAUAUGCAUUGGGGUGACGACCAACUUUACUUAGCCACCUCCAUCGAUUUGAUCCACUGGACCAUGCCCACAAACAAUACUUACGCAACGAGUAUAUUGGAGUGGGAACAGGCGUUGAUCGAAUCUGGUCCACCUCCUGUGAAGACGCGGGAUGGCAAAUGGCUGAAGGUGUACAACGGCGUUGCGUCCCAAACACAAGGAAACUAUGUCAAGCAGCAGUAUUCAACAGGCCAGAUGCUCAUAGACCCCAUUACCUUCCCUUAUGGGCCUCCCGUCGCACGAUUAGAGACACCAGUCUUGACCCCGGACACUGCGGAUGAGAAGCAGGGCCAGGUAAAUAACGUCUUGUUUAGCGAAGCGUGUGUUCAAUUUAAGGGACAGUGGCUUAUGUACUUCGGCGAGGCCGAUACGUACCUAGGAGUUGCAUCUGCACCUGUGCAGCCGUGAUAACAUUGAGAGUUGAAAGAUGAGUUUCAAACUACCACACAGGGCUCUAAGCCACAC